UGGAUUGCGUAUAGAUUUGAAUUAGGUUGUCUCUCAAGCUAGUUUUUAGCAUUCAUAUAAGUGUGUUGGUCCUCGAUUCGGCGCAGAAUUGUUGAUUGAUUCUUACUAGCUUCAGCCUAUAAGUUAUAGUAUUUGUAUGGAGACGUGUGCACACCCCAAAAAGGGGCUAGCUAACUGCGCUAAAUCUAGCUAGAGCGGUUGGGAACACUGUGAAUCAUACCAUGUGAGGGUGCUCGUCAUGUUCUCCUACCAUGAUCACUUCUAAAGUAUUAGCAACGGAAUCGGUCCGCUCAGCUGGGCGCUCGCUCCUCAAGGCAUGCGCUCAAGGCUCACUCUCCAAUGUGAAAACUUAUGCUCCUCAGCUAUACACCACCGCUGGCAUUGACAAAAGGGCAGUCCCGCCUCUGAAUAUUGCUAUAGCCACUGCCGCCGAGAACGGCCAUUCCAACAUCCUCCGCUACUUCUUCACCGACAUCCCGCAAUGUCGACAAUCGACUCACGGCCCAUGGAGCCCGAAGAUCGAUAUCCAAGAGUGUAACCUUCCCGAAGAAUGGCGGUCAGCCGUGCUUCCCGACCUCGUCGUCCUGCGCACGAUAACGGGAGCCAAACCAGCUGCCUUCCAAACGCUCAUGGACUUCGGCCUGAGCGUCAACCAUCCCAUGGACAAGAUCGGGUCUCCUCUCACAGUAGCGAUCCAGCGGCAAGACGUCGAGAUGGUCCGGUUCCUGCUAAGCAAAGGCGCCGACGCAAACGACCAGUACUGGAUCCCCAACGACACUGUCCUGGCGCGAGCCGCAUCACUCCCUUCGCUGGAAAUCCUGACCCUCCUCCUCGAACACGGUGCUAAAAUCCAGGGCUCAAAGGCCCUCAAGAGCGCCGCGGAGAACGGCCGCAUCGAUGCCGCCACCAUGCUGCUCGCACGCGGUGCCGACAUCAACGAGGUCUUCCGACACGACCUGUGGGAUGAUGACGCCGCGAAAGACACGAUUGGCACAGCGCUGCAUGUUGCAGUCCAGCACGAUCAAGAAGACUUUGUCCGGUUUUUGCUGCAGCGAGGCGUGCGGACAGAUCUGGGAGACGGAGAAGGGAUCACUCCCCGUCAAUUUACCCAGGCGCAGGGGAAGACAGAGAUGCUAGAGUUAUUCGAUAGGUCGAAGGAGUGAAAAUCUCAUGCCGUAGCAGUAUACACCCGCGACAGAUACCUUUUGAGAACAGUUUCAUGGCAAUUCUCCACUCUUGGUAGCGUAAGGCUUUGAUAUGGAUAUCUAAUCAAUAAGUGAUCCUGGUGGCUUAGUGAGCAGUUGGGAUUACUCAGUAAACGCUCAGC